AGUAGUGUCUAGUGCCCCAAAAUGGCUGCCAGCGAUGAUGAGCCUAUGCAACAUUUGUAUGAGGUUUUUACAACCUGUUUUAAUAAAAUAGCAAAUAAAGCACCAGAAAAACCUGGUUUCCAGUCGCCAUAUGGAGGAAUUGAUAACGGAAUGGCAUACGCCUUGAGCCCUACAGGACCAGUAUACUCUGGAUCCGGCGCCAGUCCUACACAAGCCGCAGGGGAACCCUUUGCGGCCGACAGCCCCUAUUUUCCUUUUGGAGCGAGGCCGGGCAGCCGCCUGUCUCCUGCUAAAGCUAAAUCCGCAGGCGGAGCAGCAGGACCUACAGGGGCUGUAGCCAGGUGCGCCAAAGAGGAACCCCAACAACCUACUGCGGCUACAACGUUGGACGGCCAGCAAUGGACAGUGUAUGGCUCAGACGAAUUCACAGACUCACCCCGUUACACAUCACCCAGUGCCGCGUCAGGCUACUACUUGACCGAUGGGGCUGCGAACGCGGUGGGGGCGAGCGACUGGCCCCCAUCGGCCUACACAAAUUCCUAUCAGUCCUACGAAGCCUACGGGCUGAUUCCAGAACCCGACAGUGGAGCCCCACAAGGUUUGCCGCCCAUGUCGUCGCUGAGGCCUAAUGGGGCACCCGCCACGACUAUUGCCGGACCCGGUGGAGCCGGAAACGCUUUCGGUGGUCCCAACGGACAUCCCGACACAGUUGUUGGGAAAGGAUUGGGAUCGAUAUACCCUACGGCGGAACAAGCCAGCGCCAGUAGCUAUAGUUCGGCACCCUCGACGCCUGUCAGCUCACCCCCACCGCUAGCGCCUACAGGGUGGCUGAAUCACAGUACACCACAUUCACCCCACUACACGCAAGCUGUUACUUCUAAUGCGCCAAACUUACACAACAUGAUGGGUUCCUUCCAGGGCGCUCGUAUGGAAGAAAGACUGGACGACGCCAUAAACGUAUUACGAAACCACGCGGAAUCACAAAUAAGUUUAGGACAGUUGCCAAAUAGUUUAGCCCCCCACCAGAUCACGCAGCUCGGAUACGCGGCGCCGCCCUCCACCGAUCCCCAUCUGCCUGACCCUGUCAAGUCGGAACGACCCACAUACAAUACAAAGCCUCCAGAUAGCGAUACCAAACCUUCAAGCUCAGUAGAAUCGAGUAUAGCACCGAAUUCAACCAGUGGAAAAUCUUCGAAAAGGUCGAGGAGAUGUAACACGGAUGAUGAUGAAUCCGAGGACACAACCACCAAGGCCGUACGCGAAAAAGAGCGUAGACAGGCCAAUAACGUGCGUGAACGUACCGAUGAGACUGAAGACGGAGACUUAGAUCCCGAUGUAAAGGCGCAAAGGGAGAAGGAGAGGCGGCAAGCGAAUAAUGCUAGGGAAAGGAUACGUAUUCGGGAUAUAAAUGAGGCCCUCAAAGAAUUAGGCAGGAUGUGUAUGGCACACCUGAAAACGGACAAACCUCAAACCAAACUUGGUAUCCUAAAUAUGGCCGUUGAAGUUAUAAUGACGUUAGAACAACAAGUGCGCGAGCGAAAUCUUAAUCCUAAAGCAGCGUGUCUAAAACGGCGAGAAGAAGAAAAAGCCGAAGACGGCCCCAAAUUAGGUCCGGGACCUCAUCAUAUGCUCGCUGCACAGCAUUAUCCUACAUUACCUGAAAUGGACGUAUUUCAGGGAGCCCCCAAUAACUUGCCACACAACGGACCCGGCCAGCCCCAAUAGCAUUGCUAGUAGCGCCACCUAGCGCCACGGUCCCGCUCCCCUUUCUCAUUUGCUCCUGUACAUAAAUAUUUUCGUACAAAACGGCAUUGUCAUGGUUAUCAUACAUUUUUAGCAUAAAUGAUACUGGUUAAAUGAAAAAUACUAGUAUAUAUAUUUCGUAUUAUUUUUCAUUGAACCCGAUAAUACUUAUAUAUUUUUUUAAAAAUAAGGAUGUUGAGUAGUGACGCGCGACGCUGCGUUUUGUUCAGUGACGCGCCCACCCCCUCCCCAAUUAUUUAAUUUUCACCUGCUACUUAAACUUUUUUUUUUCAAUAUUUUUAUUGUUCUCAAUGGAGACAGCUUUAUUAUUAUUCCAUUUUAUUUAAUCUUUUUAUGUAUAGGGCGAAAUAUUUUGAUUUGCACGGAAAUAUCGUCUUUUUACAAAGGGGAAAAUGGUUUUUUGAUCAGUCUUAUAAGUACUUAUAUAGUUUAAUUUUGCUUUUAUUUAUAAUAAAGGAGAAUAUAUUAUGUUACUUAUUUUAGGAAAUUUGAGUUACAUACUAGUGCUGACAAUAAAUUUAACUACCUAUAUUACAAAUUUAAUGUUCAAAUUGAAUGCUUCACAUGUGCGCUGUUAUAAUGCUUACACGUUUGUGUUUUUGUUUCAAAAAAUAUGAAAUCAAUGUUUAUUGUACGUAAUUAUUUUCUGAAACGGUGGUUAUAGAAAAACCACUUCUUACAUGAAGGAUCUUUUUUACAUUCCAUGAGCCACUUAUUAGAAAAAGUACAUAUAAUUGUACGCAUCUAUAAGCAUAAGCAUAACAUUUGAGUGGUGAGACUAAUCAGAAAAUCAUUCAAGCCUUUCAAAAUAAGAUAUUUCCGAUUCAAGCAACAAAAAACUAUAUAUUUGGUUCGAGAACUUUUGAAUGUGCCAAACGUUUCUUAAUGAAAAUACUCUCUAUUAGUUUUAUAAUAACAAUUGUGCUAUUUAAUUGAUAAUGCCCACCUAAAAAGUAAACAAGACGCAUAGCUACUUAAUUUUUUUUUGUAUUACUUUUUGAUCUCCUUUACUUUGCCAUUUUUUUUAUAUUUGUCGAAUUGAACAUGACAAUAUUUUGUAGGUUUUAUAGGUUUAAGUCUAGAGAACUGGCGAAAAGCAAGUUACUUACAACUUUUAGUUUAUAAGAUUUAGAAUGGAAAGGAUAUUGUUGUAAAAUUUACCUUUUGUACGAGUUUUACAAAGGGUGCCCUUUAAUUUUUAUUCAUCAAUGUGUUUAUGAUAUAUCUUGUAGGGAAAAAAACGGCAGCAAUUUAAUUUUUCUUUACAAGAUUAUCCAUAUUUUCCGAACAAUUUUUUUGUGAUAAUAAAACAAAUUACUUAAAUAAAAAUUGCUUCUCGAACCACAUAAUAUAGGUUGUCAUUGUCGUGCGCGCCAGUAUAGUAUUUUCAGUUUUGAAAAAUAUUAAACUUUGCUGUAAAUAAUAUUUGCAUAAUUUUCCAGGCAAUAUAUAUUUGUAUUUAUAAAAGCCGUAGGUCUUUCCUCACUAUUAAAAUUUGCCCAAGGACUCCUAGACUAUUGGUUCGUUAUGGAUUUAAGUGUAUAUGUACUUUGAAAUAUUGAAUGUAUGUAUAGUUUAUGCACCCAGAGGUUACCCAUAAGUUGUAAAAUUCAGCAUUGCCAUAAAUAAGCCAACUCAAACUUAGGGUGGGCUUCACCUGAAAUUCUUAAAAUGUUUUGUGAGUCGUCAAAUUUUGGGAAAAAAUACUUUACCACAUGACCAUAUUUGAAAGUCAUUGUUAAAUUCAAUAUUCAAUAUUCAAUCAUCGAAUCUCGACAGCAUUAAUAGCCUGUCUAGUCUGCGUUUACACUCUAAUACGGUACUAUCUGCGGUAGGCAUUUUUGAUGGUUUUUUAUUUAAGAGUUUUCGAGGGAAGUUCUGAUUAAAUAGUCCUGAAACAGUGUUCAUGAAAUUGUUCCAUUGUUUAUUAACAUUACUUUUUUGUAUAUUAUACACUUCUAGCCAGUCCUGCUCAGUCAAACUGCCCAGAAAAUUAAUCUUGUUUUCCUCAGUGAAUAAUCUAGCAUAUACAGGGGGACAGAGCUGUCACAAAUAGUGGAAAAUAGUAUUUCAAAUACUAAGUAUCAAUUACGGGAAAUUCGCGUUGCAAGUACAAAUACUAAAUACUUUCAAUUUGAAAAGUAUUUCAAGUUUCAAAUACUUUAAUUUAGUACUUGAUUUUUUCAAGUAAAAUAAUUGAAAUACUCUGUAAGUAUUUCAAGUACUUAAUUAAAUAUUUGAAAUACCCAUGAUGUAUUUCAAAUAAUAAGAAGUACUUCAAGUACCCACUAAAAAGGAAUUCAAAUUAUUCAAGGAUUAAAUUGUAUUGAAGGCUGAAAAUUGGAACGCGGAUACUUUGUGACAAGGGAGAAACUUUGUGACAUUGUGAAAUUCAAUUCAAAUUAGGCAAACAUUUUAAAUUAGGUGCGCGAAGCCAAAUUUUUCUACUGAUAGGUGGAAACACAUACAGGGUGGAAAAUUAAAAAGGAUCCACCUGGAUUUUCUCGAAAAUUAUCAGGAAAUUAAAAAAACGCCGAAAGACGUCGAUUUUGAUUUAGAUUGCACCCCCUUACCGGGGUGAGUUGCACCCUCAAAAGUUGAAUAGGGAAACUGGGUCGAGUGGUACCUUGUUUGAGAGGUAUUUGAGAUGACUUUACAGAUCUCUAAUUUUUUUCGAAAUCUGACUACUAAUUCCUGAAACACGGCAAUUUUGUUUAUUCUGAACCUUUGUUUUUUUGUCAAUUUGAACCUUUUGAACAACGUUUCACAUAUGACUCACUUUUAAUUUUUUCACGAAAAACACGUUCUCUUUUCGCUCCAUGGCAACUUCCGAGGAGAAUAUCUUGAAAACUAGAAGUCAGAUUGCGAAAUAAAUUACAGAUCUGUAAAGUCAUCUCAAAUACCUUUUAAACAAGGUACCACUCGACCCAGUUUCUCUAUUCAACUUUUGAGGGUGCAACUCACCCCGGUAAGGGGGUGCAAUCUAGGAAAAUUUUGAAAUAGCCAAAAAGUGUCCCCCGUGCAAACAAAAUCGACGUGUUUCGGCGUUUUUUUAAUUUCCUGAUAAUUUUUGAGAAAAUCCAGGUGGAUCCUUUUUAAUUUUCCACUCUGUAUAGGUACCUCGCUCGCUACAAAAGCCGCUUGGCAGGUUUGGGUUUGAAACCUCCUCAGAAAAAUUUGUAAGAAUUUCCAAUUGCUUAGGUAUCAACUUCUUGUCGGGAUAUCUACAUAAAUACGCUUACGAUUUAUCAGUUUAACAUAUUUUUUUCAACAAUAAACAAAACAGAGUAACUUUCCGAUUUCGAUCGACCCUGUUUCCAGGGCAACUUUGUGACAUACAUAUAAUUAGUAAAUAGAAGAAGCUUAUGUUCAACCUGAAAGGAUGGACAUAUCUCCUAAUGUGGACGACUUCCUAUUGAUGGAGUUCACAUCCCAAUUUCUGGCUCAAUAUGCGGGUGAUAAAUACUAUAUCGUAUGAUAUAGAAUGAAAGUUUAAAAUGUCUAAAUCAGUAUAUACCUGUGUUUUUAAUAUGAAAAAAUUAUCAAGCAAAUAUUUGUUGACAUUUCCUAUCGUUUCAGACUAAAAAUGCCGGGGUUACAUUAUGUUUUCAUUGUAAAAACGCACUGUCACAAAAUUACCCUGCAGCACGGGGUAAAAUUGGGACAAUUUCAAAUCAAAAAAUGGCUGAAUUAUCAUUAUUUUUUCAAUUUUCUAGAAUUGCCAGUCUGUAACGAAAGAACGGAUAUAGGUACAUGGUGUAUUUUUUUUUUUCAGAAUUUUAUAUGGCAAAGAAAUGUUCGAGAAUUUCAAAAAACCUCAAAACAUGUCACAAAUGAUCCUCGUUUUACGGUACCUCUAAAAAAGUACUACAGAGAUUCCAAAUUACAAGAUUCCAGUUGCAGAUUGUAGUUACCUACUUUCAAUUUAACGAUUUAAAAUUUAUCUAGUAUAUUGAGUAGAAAUGCCCAGUAUUUGAAUUACUUUUUUUGUAAAUACAAGUACCAAAUACAAAUACUUUAUCGAAAGUAUGCAGAUUCAAGUACAAAUAUCCAAAAACAAAAGUAUUUGAAUUAUAGUACUUCAAAUACUAAAAAAUAAUUGAAAUACAUUUUCCAAGUAAUUUACUUGAAGUACUCACAGCUCUGCAGGUGGAUAGUUUUCAUUUGAAAUAAUCUCAAGUUCAAUUUUCUGUGCAGUAUGGUCCGACAAAAAAUUCUCAAACACCCCACUUUUAAAAAACUCGGCAUUUGUAAAAAUAUUGUCAAUACAGCUUGAUGCAUUAUUUGCUAUUCUGGUAUUUUCAAAAAUAGUUUGGUUUACAUUAAAAGAAUUUAAUAUAGACAGUAGCUCCGUUUUUGUGUUAUUGUCCUUUAAAAGCACCUGCAAUAAAUAUUAAUUUGUUCUCUUGAAAAAUUUUUGUUAGCAGACAUUCUACUUUGUCUAAAAAUAAAGAUAUGUCCCCUGAGAGUGGUCUAUAUACACAAAUGUUAAUUGACACUGCCUUACCAAAACUGCAUUCUACUGCGGCACACUCGAACACUCCACUCACUGCCAUUUUUCCAAUAUCUACUCUUUCCUUAGAUUUUAGAUUUUUUCUAACAUAAACUGUGGAUCCCCCAUGCUCACCUUGUUCCCGACAGAACUUUGACAUUAGACUAAAGUGUUUCAAUUGAUCAGCACUUUUCCAAUGUUCAGUCAAACAGAAAAUUUUGCAAUUUGAAUUGUCUCUCAUCAUGUCGUUGACGCGAGCUAUUGAGUUCCCAAAAGGCUGGACAUUUUGAUGAAUUAUACUUAUCACUUUUUGUUUGAAACUUCGGGAAGUUUACGCUUAGGCUUCCUGGUAUGUUCUACACUUGCUACGCCUGUGGUAAAAAAGAGCUUUAAUAAUUUAUGUGGUUCCUGUAUUGUGAUAGACUCUUUUCAUAUAGUGGGCACUUCAUAUCUCUAGCGGAAUGUAUACUUUCUUUUGGUUUAUAUUUCAUUUUAUUACAAUUUGGGCAUUUCCAUUGUAUAGUCUGACAAUCUCCACCAGCAUGUUCUUUUCCACAUUUAUGACAGCACAGCUUUUCUUUACAAUACUUUGCUACAUAUCCAAAUCCGCAAUUUAAAUGUUCCUACACAUACACCUUUACCAAAUCAAAUGUCACAGUUCCUCUUUUUAAAAACCAUUUAGCAAUGUUCGCCGGAGCUUGGACAACCCAGUUUUCUUUUAAUGGAAUUCUGCAUUGUUUCUUUGUCACAAUUUUAAUUUUAUCCAUAACUUUGUCUUGUAGUUCAGUCUCUAUUUCUUGGUUUAGCCUUACGAGUUCAUCAAUAAAGUCUGCAUCAGUAUAGCCCUUUUCUAUCCCAGUUAUGACAAACAUUGGAUCUUGCUCAUUGAGAUCCUUCAGUUUAAUAUUAUUUCUGUUUUGAAGUUUCUGUUUGAGUUUUCGUUGUUGUACCUCGCUGCAGCUUUCGACCACAAUUGCUCCAUCCUUUAAAUGUCUUAUAUUUUUAAAUCCACCACCUAUAUCGUCUGUUUUCAGCUCAUUUUUUCGUUGGCGUGUGGUUUUCUUAGGAUCGUUGACAUUAUUUAUUCAAAUAAUCGUUUCCAUAAUGUGGGUUCUUUGGGGUCUAUGUUCAUUUGGUCUAUGUCAGCUUGAUUUGGGCGUGAAAUAUCGUAUUUUUUUAGCAUCCUAUUUUUUGUUUCUAGCUGUCCCAGUUUAUAUACUAAUUUGGUAACCAUACUAUGCAAUUGAAAGCAGCUCAUUCUCAUUACCGUGAAAUCAUUUUCUUCAAACUGUGCUUUUUCCGAGAAUGUGCCAAUGUUUUCCAAGGCUUCCAAGGCUAAUUCUAUAAGGUUGUGACUUGAGUUUGAUGUUUGAUCCUUCUGGUAUAUUUGUGCAGUGGCGCAGCUAUUUUCUUGGGUAUGGCUGAGUCUGAUUUCUGCACAGUGUUUAGGAAUUUUUUGUCGAUCAUAGUCAAGACUAGGAGGACUGGAAUCAGACCUUGGCCUUUUCUGUACACUUCCCCCAUCAUCGUUUCCUUUUGGCGGUGUUCUGGCGAUUGAUCUUCUCGCCAUGUGUCCCAUGUGAAUAUCCAUGUAUUUAAUAUUUCCACUAUCUGAAUUGGCAUAGUUCUUAUCGGUUGCCCCCUGUAAAUCGAUGUCCAAUUUGUUUAUUUGCCCUUGAGUUGUUUUUUUGCCGGCGCCGGGAUCCUUAUCAGUGUUUACCUGUAUGGAAUUAUCUUUUUUUUGCAGGUCCAGUGCCAAUGAUUUUAUUUAUUUCUGCUUUCGGUAGAUUAUUUGCUUCCACUAAAAGGCUUCUGAUUUCCUGCUGCGUAAUGUUUUUUGGCUCUUUUUUUUUGCAUCAUUCAUCUUGUUUUUGUUCGAAAUUUUUCCGUUAAUUUACCCGAAAUAAACGACUUUUACACGGAGCGAUAUACAACGAUGAGUUUAAUACAACCAGUACAAACAAACCUUAAUAAAAGCAAACAACAAAAAUCCUAAGUGGCUGAUUAUUAAGCACUGUACAUUUUACUUCAUCGUUAUUAAAGUUAGUGCAGAUAUAAUCAACGAUGGAAGCUGAUAAGACUGAAAACCGAGUUGGCACAUGAACAUGCAUUGUUAGGUUGAACGAGCGCAAGAGGUUUCUCAAAAACUGGGUAUUUAUUUAUAUCUGUUACAUUUAUCUAAAAAAUUUAUAUCAAGGUCUCCAGUCAACACUAGAAAAGCAUUAACAGAUAUGUCAUUUAGUAACAAUUCCAACUUAUUCAAAAAUGAUUCUACCCUACUUGAAGGAAACCUGUAAAGUUUCUUACAAAAAAACUAUGGAACAUUCAAACACUUUUUCUUCUACACCUUUUCCAUAAGUAUUUCAGAAUGUAUCACUUGUAUUUAAGAUUCUUCAAUUCUAGUUCAGAAUGCGUCAAUUGUAUUCCAAUUGUGUAAGUUUAAUUUCAGAAAGUGUUAUUUGUAUCUCAACUUUGUCAGUUGUAGUUCAGAAAAUAUCAUUUGUGUUUCAGAUUGGUCAGUUGUAUUUCAGAAAAAGUCAUUUGUAUUUCAGUUUGGUCACUUGUAUUUCAGAAAUCGUCAUUUGGGUUUCAGAUUAUUUAUUUGUAGAUCAGAAAUUGUAAAUUGUAUUCCAGUAGUGUAGUGUAUUAAAUAAAAUUUAUAAUGAGUCACCUAUAUGUGAUAACUGGGAAUUCAAACAAAGAGGAUUUUCUGGAAUAAUCAUAGGAAAAUUAUCCAAGUUUAUUUUCUAACAACCAGUAACCAUGGCUAGUAACUAGUGAAGAUAACAAAAGAAAUAGAAUAUAAUAAAAAUAUACCUUGAUAAAAAUAAUGACAAAAACCUGACAUGACAAUAUAAAAACUAUGAAAUGCUAAGAGCAGUUAUCCAAUAUACUACACUAUACACCUAUCUUGUGUUGAUUUGGGAAAAUCUGCGUAGAUACCUACUAUGUAAUUUCUGAACUACAUCUGACAAUUUCUGAAAUACAAUUCACGUUUUCUGAACUACAAUCAACUAACCUGAAAUACAAUUGAUGCUUUCUGAUAUAAAAUUAACUAAUCUGAAAUACAAUUGACACUUUCUGAAAUAAAAUAAACCAAUCUGAAAUACAAUUGAUUCUUUCCGAAAUACAAUUUACUGAUCUGAAUUUGAAUUGACGCAUUCUGAAAUUAAACUGACGAUCUCUGAAAUACAUAUGGAAAAAGUGUAGUAGGUAAUCAAACCUAUCAACAGAUAAAAACUCAAAAUUAGAAAAAAAAUCAUUUCGAACCAAGAUUACUGUACCACCAUGAAUAUAUUGCUUAAUUCAGGUGCUGGUGUACUAUUUUUUUACAUAUUGUUUUUACCGACCUAAAUCUAAAAUUAUAAUAGUUUGAAAAGGACUUCAUAGUCAUUGUCUGCCCUGUUUCAUUCACAAUAAUUGAUUUAUGGCGAUGCCGAGUUUUACAACUUAUGAGUAACCUUUCGGUACACAAACUUCACAUAAUUUUUGGCUUUUCUCCGCUUUUGAAACUACAAUAGUCAUGGAAUUGGGACAAAAAUAUAGAGACGGAUGAAGGUAACUUGAUUUUAGGUUUGUUCCUACAGCUGAUUUUUCUUGAUUUUAUGAGAACAAGCCUAUAAAGAAGCCUGUCUGGCCUUGCCAAUUUUUUUUACCAUUUGCUUACCUUUGAAAUUUUUUUUUAAUAUUUAUUUUUCUAUAUAAUUAGGCGGAAUUCGUUAUUUGAGUUCUUCAGUUUUAGGUUUUAUCUGCUUUUUUUUUUGUUUGUUUGUCAGUAUUUAUUAAUGAGGCAGGUAUUUUUUUAUCAAAAAUUGAAGUUGUGUUAUGUAUUAUUCGUUUUGUAAUGUUUGUUUCAAAGUAGGAUUAAUUUUAUGGAAAAAUAUAGGGGAAAUAUGACAAAGAACAAAUUUAGAUGUUUUUUUAAAAAACCCUUGUUGCUCUAAGUAAUAUUGGCUUUAAUGAGAUAAUGUGUAAAGACCUUCAUCCAUACAUUAUUACAAAUAUUAUGGGAAAUAGCUGAAAAAAAACAUGAACCUUGAAAUACCUUUAAAUUGCAGCUAGUCUAAACUUACUUUCGGAAAUAUUUGCAACAAUACAAUUUAUGAAUAAAAAUAACACAAUUUUAAUUUUCGAUAAAUAUUUUCUGAUCCUGGGUUCUAUUUGAAAUACACUUUCCAAAUAGAACGAUUGAUUUUAAAAUUAAUAAUUUUAGUUUGCUUUGGAUAUUGUUUUAAAGAGAAUCAAGUAGACCAUUUUUUUAAGAUUAUUAUUAGUUUAGUAAGUUUUAACUUCUUUUAUAAGUUAUUUUUUAAGUGAAUCGUCUUAAAUAAUUUGUAUUUUAUUUCAAUUUUUGUUUAUUUUAGUUUUUAGCUAUUUUAUAUUUAUAUAUUAUUACUAUUAUUAUUGUUUUUUUUGGUUGUUAGGAUGAAUCCGUUUUAAUUAUUUCAGUUUAACUUAGUAACCAUAUUGGUUCUAUCCAGACUUCUACCAUUUACUGAAAUAAUUGAAAAAAAUCCAUUUUGUUAUUCAAAAAAAAAAAUGUAUGCAAUAAUUUCAUAAAAUACUUCAUGUUAUUUUCAUUCCAUUGGCAGCCUAUUUUUUAUUAUUUUGUUUUAUUCUCGCUAUUGGCAGCAAAAUGCACUGACAAGAUUUUUUUCAGUAGGCAGCCACAUCGCAAAUUUCGCCAAUAUUAGGUUCAAAAAGAAGGAUUUUCGUGUCGCACCUUUGUCAGAUAGAACUUUCUGGAUAAUAUAGAAAAAUUUUAGUAUAUUUUUUUAUCAAGCAAAGGUUCCACGCUUUCCGGGAGUCAUGCAAUGUCAUGAAAUAAAUAUUGUUUUGCGCCAGGUGUAUUAUUGCUCUGAAAAUAUUUUUGUAGUUUUGUAACAACUUCCACGUUGCAAAAUUCCCGGAAAGAGUCCCAAGUUAAAAAAAAAAAUCGUAAAAGUGACAUAAUAGGACAAAUUUGUAAAGCUUAUCUUUGACUUGUAUAAACGUUUUAAUAAUGCGGAUGUGUUUUAAGUAUAUAAAGUAUAUAUGAUUAAAAAAAAAUAUUGUGUGAUGAGAAAAACUUAGAUUAUACAGUUUAGACUACACAAAAAAAUUAUUAUCAACUCUAUGUAACAUACAUAAGUACAUAAUAUAAUAUGUGCCAUUUUUCUUA